AUGGAACAUAUUCUUCAAGUCCCAGCCACCGUUUCCAGGUCAAACAAGAGUCAGAUAUUAUACCUGAAUAGUGUAUGCCAUCCUGCUCAUAACUAUUUGGCCAAAAACGAUACCAUCUCUUGUGAUCAAAUUAUUAAUUCCUACAAAUAUGUUGACCAUUCAAUCAAGAACCAAGAAGUCAGCUUGAGAGCCCUCCAAUUCAAUGAUGAUUGCUUGUCUUUUAACAACUACUCCAACGACUCUAACUGCCAAUUCAAUCAUGUGGCGAUCACUGCAAAGUUCUUGAGUAACGAAAGAUUUGUUCGCAAACAAGUUAUGAAAGAUUACAUCGUCAACAAGCAUGAAUUCAACAACAACUUCAACUAUAACGAUGAUAAUUUUCUCCACUUGGCAAGCUCAAAUAUUACCAACUAUUCCCCAAGUGGAGAUGACUCUAAGUUCAAAAACUCCAACUUGUACAAUCCUGAGAGAACCCGUUACAUUAUGUGGAGAAAAUGGAGCCAAAAAUCUUUGAACUUGCCAUUAGCUUCCGUCGGUACCACUAAAGAAGUUCUAAAGCCGGUGAGCAAUGAUUUGUAUCAUCAAUUAGUGAGAAGUAAAUGCAAUCAAACUGAUCACCAUAAUCAAAGAUUUAUUGUUUUCACUUUCCCUGACCAGCAUCACACUUGUUUUGGGCCUUUGGUUAAUAGUGCCGAUUUGACAAAGUUCAACAUCAAUCAACAAAUUAAAUAUUCCUACUCUUUGUCUAAGGAUGAAGUUUUAAAUAUUAUUGAUGUUGAAGGUUCUGAUGUUUUAACCGCCACAACAUCUUACGAUGACUCUAUUUGCUCAUCUAUGAAUUCAGCAUUCACUGCUGCUUCUAACUCUUCGUCUGUACAGACUUCCAUUAUUGAACUCUCCAACAACAAAUCUUCGGCCUCUCUUUAUUUGAAAUCACGUAAAUCUUCUCUCAAGUCAAGAUCUUUAUCUAUCAAUGAGUCCACUACUUUGCAAUCAGCUAUUUCCAUUCUCCUUUCUUAUAAUGAAGAUCUUUCAAAAAUUCAUGUCUUACACUCUGCUCUUCCAAGGGAAGCUAAACAAGUGAUGUUCAAUACUGGUGUUGAGAUUGCUAAAUGCCUACCAGAACUCGAUUCCGAAAGGUAUUCUGAUGCACUUGAUAAAUGUCGUCAAUUGGAAGCUCAAUACCAUAAAUCAACCCAAAUUCUCAAUGAAAAAUGGCAAAAGACCCUCGAACGUCACGAAGAGCGCAGUGUUCAGUUGUCUUAUUGGCAUGAAAUGGACUUGUAUUCGGACGACCAAUAUCGCCAAAUGAUGGUGCAAUUGGACUCUGAAUUGUCAAAGCAAAAACAAUCCACCAAUUCUCAAUGCACAAAAUACAAGAAACUUCACUCCAGAAAUCGUCGUGAAUUGAAUGCUUUGAAGUCUGGCCAUAAAGUCUUACAGUGUCCUAAGAUGGGUGCUUUAAUACAUGGUCAUUUUGUCGAUGAUUUAGAAGAAAAAAGGUUAGAAAGAUUGUUAAAUUGGGAAGAUGUUAGAGCCAAGUACAAUCCAAGACUUGAGAAGAGUUCUGUGUUAAGAAACAUUAUUGCUGAUGAUGAUUUCGAAAUUUAUUACAGAGGACUAUACGAGUGCUACGGUUUCGAUAAUGAAGAGUCGUAUUAG